AUGCCACCAAUUCGCAAUAAAAACGAAAAGAAUUUAGCAGAGCAAGAGGGGCGGAUCUUGUUAGCUAUUUCCGACUUAAAAAAUGGAAAAAUCUCAAGUGUGUAUCAAGCCGCAAUCAUUUACAAUAUUCCUCGGACGACGCUAUAUGACAGGUUAAACGGAAUUCAACAAAGAUCUAUAAUACGUGCCAACGGACAUAAAUUGUCUCAAUUUGAAGAGGAAUCACUUGUCAAAUGGGUACUCGAUCUAGACAAACGUGGAUUCCCCCCUCGGCACUCUCUUGUACGAGAGAUGGCUAAUUACCUUCUUUCACAACGUGGAAAUCAACAGGUUGGAGAGAAAUGGGUCUAUAAUCUCAUUCAACGUCGCCCAGAGAUUGAAUCAAAAUUUUCACGGAAAUAUAACUACGAGCGUGCUAAAUGCGAAGAUCCGAAGUUAAUCCAAGAAUAUUUUGAUCGCGUACGAGAGGUUAUAUCAAAGUACGGAAUCUUACCAGAAGAUAUCUACAAUUUUGAUGAGACUGGCUUUGCUAUGGGACUCUGUGCAACCGCAAAGCCUGGAAAUCGAGAAUGGGUGACUGCAAUUGAGGCAAUUAAUUCAACUGGAUGGGCCCUGCCUUCAUACAUCAUUUUCAAGGCAAAGAAAUAUACUCGGUUAGGCUGGUUUGAGGAUCUUCCUGAUGACUGGAGAAUCAAUAUCAGUGAUAAUGGAUGGACUAUAGAUAAGAUUGAGUUAGAAUGGCUGAAAACCCAUUUUAUUCCUCUUACUAAUGCCCGUGCAAUGGGAAAUUAUCGCAUGUUAAUUCUUGAUGGCCAUGGAAGUCAUUUGACUGCUGAAUUUGACCGUACAUGCACUGAGAAUAAUAUUAUUCCAGUCUGUAUGCCUCCUCAUUCUUCACAUCUUUUACAGCCUCUUGAUGUUGGCUGUUUUGCUGUUUUAAAGCGACAUUAUGGACAGCUUGUUGAGCAGCGAAUGAGGCUUGGAUUCAAUCAUAUUGAUAAACUUGACUUUCUUACUGCAUUCCCAAAGGCUCGUACGAUGGCAUAUAAAGCCCAAACUGUUCGGAAUAGCUUUAUAGCAACUGGAUUCGUACCAUUCAGUCCAGAUUGA